AUGGCCACCCUUAAUGACAUUCCAGUCUACCAUUACCUUGACAUUGGCCGAUUAGGGCGUGGUGAAGUUGUCAAUCUUUUCCUCAAAGAUGCUGGAGUGGAAUUUAAAACCGUUCUUUAUCCGAGCGACUCCACAUGGCCCCAGCAAAGCGAGACUCUGAAAAAUCAGGGCAUAACUCGGACAGGCAAGCUUCCUGCGAUCGAAUACAAGGGCCAGAAUCUCAUACAGCACAUUCCCAUUCUACGAUACUUCGCACGCGAACUUGGGGGCUAUGACGGGGAAACAAACUCGGAGAAGUAUGUGGUCGACGCUGUUUCUGACAUCUAUGUUGACUGGAGGGAGAAAUGGGUUGCAAUCCUACACAACAAGAAUGAUGAGUACAAGGAUAAAUAUGUGCCGGAGUAUCACAGCCUCGUUGCACAGUACUACUCGGAUUUUGAGGGACCAUAUCUAUUAGGUGAUAAAAUCACCUACGUCGACUUCGCGAUAUACCAGUCUAUCGAUAACGACCGUAGAACUGGAACGCUUCCGUCGGCCCUGCCGGAGGCUCUAGCCAAGCUCAAGGCGGCCAUUGAGGAAAGACCCAGAAUCGCAGACUACAUUAAGAAAACUGAAUGA